CACAAAAGAAAUGUCAAACAACAGCAACAAUCCGUACAAUUACUCUUUUAUUUUCAAAUACAUUAUAAUUGGAGAUAUGGGCGUUGGAAAGUCUUGUUUAUUACAUCAAUUUACUGAGAAAAAGUUUAUGGCUGACUGUCCCCACACAAUUGGCGUUGAAUUUGGCACUCGAUUGGUGGAAGUUAAUGGACAAAAAAUUAAAUUACAAAUUUGGGACACUGCAGGACAGGAACGUUUCCGAGCUGUUACUCGUUCUUAUUAUCGUGGCGCUGCUGGAGCUUUAAUGGUCUACGACGUAACCAGACGUUCAACAUAUAAUCAUUUAAGCAGUUGGCUAAGUGAUGCAAAAACAUUAACCAAUCCAAACACAAUAAUUUUCCUAAUCGGAAACAAAUCUGAUAUGGAAGCACAAAGAGAUGUUACUUACGAAGAGGCUAAAGCUUUUGCUGAUGAACAUGGAUUAACUUUUAUGGAGUGUUCGGCCAAAACUGGAGAAAAUGUAGAAGACGCUUUCUUGGAAACAGCGCGACGUAUUUACCAGAAUAUACAAGAUGGAAGUCUCGACCUAAACGCUGCUGACACAGGUGUCCAAUCCAAACAACACCACGGACAAAAUCGUAAUGGAGUUCACCAACCAACAACAGGUGCUGAAUCUGAAGCGAAAAAGUGUGCCUGUUAA